GAAGUCAUGGCUAUCCUGUUUGCUGUUGUGGCGAGGGGCACAACCAUCCUUGCCAAACACGCCUGGUGUGGAGGAAACUUCCUGGAGGUGACAGAGCAGAUCCUGGCGAAAAUACCAUCUGAAAACAACAAACUGACCUAUUCACAUGGGAAUUAUCUGUUUCAUUACAUCUGCCAGGACAGGAUUAUAUACCUCUGCAUCACAGAUGAUGACUUUGAACGAUCCAGAGCCUUCAACUUCCUGAAUGAAAUCAAGAAGAGGUUUCAGACCACGUAUGGCUCAAGAGCACAGACAGCCCUUCCCUAUGCAAUGAACAGCGAGUUCUCAAGCGUCUUAGCUGCACAGCUGAAGUACCACUCGGAGAGCAAGGGCACUGACCAGGUGGCAGAGACGCAAGCUCAAAUCGAUGAACUUAAAGGAAUCAUGGUUCGAAACAUAGACCUUGUGGCACAAAGAGGAGAGAAGCUGGAGUUGCUGAUUGAUAAAACAGAGAAUCUUGUGGAUUCGUCAGUCACUUUCAAAACUACCAGCAGGAACCUUGCUAGAGCCAUGUGUAUGAAGAACCUCAAGCUUACCAUCGUCAUCAUCAUUGUAUCAAUUGUUAUCAUCUAUAUCAUUCUAUCGGCUGCCUGUGGUGGGCUUGCGUGGCCGAGCUGUGUGCAGAAGUAACUGGAGGCAGCUGGUGCUGGUCACUUGGAGAUGAGAAUCACAGGAGUGUGAAGAAGCAAUCUGCAGAAUAACUCUUAAUCUUUCACUACUGACACCUUCUCAUUCUUCCAUCCUGCCGGGACUUCAGACUUUUUUGCCUUAUCACCCCAAACAGGCCCAGCUGGUCGCUGCUCCUGUGCAGCUGUAACCUGAAGGAUGGGCUGGUUUGAAUUACUUGAAGGGAUUUUUUUUUGUUUGUUUGUUUCUUUUCCUGUCCCAGCUCCGACCUUCUCGGCUGGGUGGGCGGCACGUCCAGCUCUGGAGGGUUAUGUGCAUGCUCGCCCGUGUGUCCAUGUAGCUUCGCACUUUCAUGUGAGCGUGCAAGUGGAGAGCAGUACUGCUAGCGACUGUCCUACCCGUGAGGACGGUGGUGGAGGGUAGUUCAGGGUGGGCUGAGCCAAACUAACGGGGGAGGGACAAGAUGGGUGUAGUGUGAAUUUCCACUUUCUACAAAUAUUGGAGACCCAGGUGCCUCUCCCUGCACGUCCGGCCUCGUGUGGUUCCGUAGGGUUUCAGCACGUAGAGGUUGCAAGCGCAGCCUUGGUAGUAACAAAAAGAACGGCUUUGGGGCUGGGGCUAUAUGCACUGUAAGACGUGGGCGGUGCUGCUUCUGUACGAAAUCUCCCUUUUCCUGGAGGUCUUUCUGCAGGUGGUAGGAGAGGGCGUUGGGCCACCUCCGCGUUUUGAAAUGGCUGCCUCUUCAUCCUCACUUCUUCCUCAUCUUCCCCCCCAGCCCCUUAAUUUGUGGCUAAAUCAACACAGUAAAGGAGAUGGUUGCGUAUAGUUAAGGUUGCAGUAACGUAUCUGCUUUCUCACUUGUUAUUUCUCCUGUUCCUCUUUUGAGGGUGGACUAAAAUGAAUACUAAUGUUAUCACUUGCGAAGGUGAAAUUGGGGGCCAAUCUAUUGAUCUGGCGUGGUAAGGUGUCAGUAAUCUGCUGCUUGUGCUUCUACUCCGAAGGUGUGUGCUGAAAACUGAGGACGGAGAAGGGACAGAAGGUCGGGGUUGAUGGGUGGUUACUUUCUCUAUGGCCUGAAGAAGAAAGGCUCUUUCGGAGGGUGUCGUAACACGUAUUCCUCUGGAAAAAAAAAAAAAAAGAAAAAAA